AUCCUCCGUCCCAAACGCACACGGGGCCACUUACUCCGACAUAUACAUAAUCGCCCCACCCUCCUCGUCAUGCCUGUGUCUGUUCGCGCUGCAUUGUGAUUAACUAAUAGUACAUUGCACCGCAGCCAUGUUCGUGCUACCUCCACCACCUCGGUACCCUGUUGGCGGCUAUCCCGGUGCGCCGCCAGGACAGCUUAUCGAGACCAACAACACUAUCACCCACCCCACGGGGCCUGAGCACCAAUUGGUGGUUGGAGAAGGCACCUAUCUAUUGCGCGAUGACCUCCAUCUAGCCACCCCGCCGCCGCACCCGUCGGAAGCGCCUGUUCACAAUCCCAAUCCGCUCGCGACUACAGUCUCGCCGCCCACGCAAGGCACGAAGCUGUCGAUAGUCGCCCUUGCGCCCCGUCGCCCCUCCACAACGCUGCUGUCACGACUCGACACCAAAACGAGCGCACGGUCGCAGGUCUUCCCGAUCGCCGAACACGAGUCGAACAGCCACACCAGUGAUGCUGAUUCGAAAGAGGGUACGAAUGGCUUCGUAUCUUCGCCGCUGGAUGGUCUCCGCACGCCGGUAUUCGGCGCAGACAAUGCAGCCCUGAGUGUAGUGAACGGCAAGGUCUCCAAGGAUCCAAGCAAGAGGAAUAAGCCGAAGAACAACAUCGUCAAGAGCAACUCCUCGUUCGUAUCCAGAGUCAUCCCGCACGAGGGCCUGACCAAGCGAUUGCAAGAGCACAACGCCAACGGCAUCUAUGCAUUUGCUAACAUCAACCGCGCGCUGCAAUGGCUGGACUUGACGUCUCCCAACAAGGAGGAUCAUCUGACCAAGAUCUUGUUCACAAAGGCUCACGCGUUAUGUCAUGACAUCAACCAGGUCACAAAGGGAUCUAACCACCUUGACAUUGUCAUGGGCUUUUCGACAGGCGACAUUAUCUGGUACGAGCCUAUGUCGCAAAAGUACUCGCGCCUGAACAAGAACGGCAUCAUCAACCCAACCGCAGUGUCUGACAUCCGGUGGAUACCAAACAGCGAAACCCUGUUUAUGGCUGCGCACAUGGACGGCAGUCUUAUUGUAUACGAUAAGGAGAAGGAGGAUCUGGCUUUUGUUGCCGAAGACCAGACGCCUGACGAGGGCAUGUCUGACAUGGAGCGCAAAUCCAGGCUGACGGUCAAGAAGUCUGUUCAGUCGAAGAACCAGAAAGCCAACCCAGUAUCCUACUGGCAGGUGUCCAGUUCCAAGAUCAACGCUUUCGAGUUCUCGCCCGAUCGCCGCCACUUUGCUGUUGUCUCGGAAGACGGUUCGUUCAGAAUCAUCGACUUCUUGCAGGAAAAGCUUCUACACCAUUACACAAGCUACUACGGCGGCAUGAUGUGCGUGUGCUGGUCGCCUGACGGCAGAUACAUUGUUACAGGCGGCCAAGACGAUCUGGUCUCGAUCUGGUCUCUGGAGGACCGCAUGCUGGUCGCGCGCUGUCAGGGUCACAACUCCUGGGUCACAGCUGUGCAGUUCGAUCCCUGGAGGUGUGAUGAGCGCAACUAUCGGAUAGGAAGUGUUGGCGAAGACACCAGGUUAUUGUUGUGGGAUUUCAGUGUGGGCAUGCUGCAUCGACCCCGAGCGGCAUCACUGCGACCACGGAGCAGCAUAGCCUCAUCGGCCGUCAAUAUCCAGCGCACACGGACGGAGAGUUCUGCCAGCCGCAUGCGAUCGAAUUCCAACCUGACGACGGGAAGCACGCUCGAUGACGACGAGGUUGUGCACCCGGUUGAGCCUCGAGCGCGCACCGCAAUGCUGCCUCCGGUAUUGACCAAGUCCGUCGACGAGCACCCUCUUACAUGGUUGGCCUUUGAAGAAGAUUGCAUAAUAACAUCGUGCAAGAACGGACACAUCAAGACAUGGGAUCGUCCGAAGGAGGGCUCGUCGACGGACGACAGCGGGCAUACGCGCUCGCAGAGGGGUUCCAGCGCUGGCAUUCCGUAGAUAUACAACACGUGUAGAGAU